GUUAUACUCAUUUACAAUGUAAUCGUGGUCCAUCACCAGCUUGUUUGGAUUGGACAGAGAUUUGCGAUGGUCAAGUUGAUUGCAUCGAUGAUAAAGUGGAUGAAAAAGAUUGUUGGAAAAUUGAAAUUCAUGUAUGUCAAGAUGAUGAAUUUCAAUGUUCGAAUGGACAAUGUAUACCUAUGGCUUUUUAUCGUGAUGAUGGUACUAUUAAUGAUUGUGCUGACUUGACAGAUGAACAUUCGCCACAACUAAUAGGAACGUUGCGCUUCGUUUAUAAACCACCGUCAUUUAUAAAUGAAGAGAAUCAAUUUCGUCCACUACCCAUCGGAAAUCUUAAUUCCGGUAUGCGUCGAAGCCAUUUAUUUCAAGCUUUAUUUUUGGCUAAAGAUAACUCUACAUCCGAAGAUUGUUGGUCAGCCCUUAGAUCUACAAUCCAACAAUCAAUAUAUGAAAAGCCACUUUUUAAUAAGACAUGUGUGAAACAAGAGUGUUUUGAAAUCAUUGAGAAAGAAUGUCCAGAUCUUUUUUAUUUCCCUACGGUUCCAGUCUUUUUUCAUAACAUUCGACUGGCAUUCAACAAAACCGAUCUGUCAAUUCACAAGAGUCUAUACUAUACUGCAGCUUUCAUAUGUUACAAUAGUUCUGAUUAUGAGUACUAUGUUCCUCCUGGUGAAAAUUUUUUAUUCGAUAAUACAACCUGUUUCCGUCCUGGCCGCAUAUGGAUUUCUAAUAUGAUGAAAUACACACUGGAAGAAGAAUAUCUGUCUCCUUUGUAUGAAUUCAUAGAUAAUAUGAAACCAUACUUUUUAAUUUAUAACUAUACUUCUGGAAUGUGUAAUAGAUCUAACAUAUAUCAUUGUAUCAACUCUUCAAAAUGUAUCUCAAUGAAUCGUCUGAUGGAUAGUAGUGUGGACUGUCCAAAUGGUGAUGACGAAAAUCUAACGCAUAUUAUAGAUACUGGCUGGACAGAUGUUUUAAAAAAAAUUUUUCAAUGCAAGAUGGUUAACAAAUAUAUUUAUCAAUCGUUUGUUAAAGAUGGAUACUGUCACUGUGAAGGGCAGCAUGGCCGUUACUGUGAAGACGAAGAUGAAGAUUUUGCUUUUGCUAGAACGAAGCUUUUAUUUCAACACGUUUGUGAUGGAUUAACUCAACUGAUUCCAAUAAAUAAUGACAAACAAAAUGAAACAGAUGAAACAGAAUGUGAACAAUGGCCAUGUAAUAACAUUUAUACUCGUUGUGAUGGCAUUUGGGAUUGCCCGAAGGGUGAGGAUGAAAUCGGUUG